CUCGCUCAUCUCAAGCUCUGUCGAAGCAUCUGAAUUAGGAAGCCUUUGUGAUUUGGAGAUGCCAGAAGUGUCAAGGGCCCUUGGAUAUAAAAAACUUUGGGACAGAUAUUUUGCAGUCUGAAGAAUACUUUAUAGACCCUACUAUGAUACAAACUUCAACCCUUCCCUUGUCCCUUCACAAUCAACCCUCUGAUAAGAUAGCUAACAUUGUAGAAAUCCCACAUUUUGAGAUCCCAGGAGUGGGUGUCAUAUCUAAGAGGACUGAUAAGAAGCAGGUGGAGAAGCUAGAGAAUUCACUCCAGCGCCUAUCCCAACAUCCACUGCAAAGCUGGAGAUCACCAUCUAGGACCUUCCAGUCAGGAUCAGGAACUCAAAGAGGCCUUAACUGGUCUGUCUUGAGCAGACAACAGAAUGUCUGGGAGAAUCACUCCUGGAGACAGCGACUACCCAGAAAAUAUCUCUCCAAGAUGCUAGGGUUGGGGAAUGUCUUGGGAACCACUAUGGAAAGGAAUCUUUGUUCUCAAACAUCUUUAACGGAAAGAGCCACUGCAGAUAUCUGUCAAUCUAUUCAGAAUUUAUUUGGGGUUCCUGCGGAACUGAUGGAACUUUCCAAGAGUCUGCUAGAGAAGAGUCGAAGUAUUAUUUCUCAGACUUCAGUGUCCAAAAACUACAUUCAGAGACACACUUCCUAUCAUGGUCACGAACAAAGAAUAGCCUUAAGGAUGUGGACACGUAGCUCCAUGUCCUCUAUAAUACAGCAACACUCUGGGGCUAGCGUGAAAAUAAAGAAAAGUUCGAAGCUUAGUGACAUAUCCCAGGAAGUCAUUCAGCACAUGCCUGUUUCAUGUACAGAUGGCCAGCCUCCUGUCCCAGUAAAUUUAGAGUCUUCCUUCAAUAUAGUUUUCACUAGGAAAGAUUCUGUUCCAAUGGAAGAGAGAGACUCACAGAGUUCACAGACAAGGAUUUUUGAGUCCCAACACUGUCUCAAGCCAAGUUAUCUUCCCCAGGCCAAGACUGACUUGUCAGAACAGUUCCAGUUGCUACAAGAUCUGCAGCUAAAAAUGGCAGCAAAACUGUUAAGGAGUCAAAUACCCCCCAAUGUACCUCCACCUCUAACUUCAGGUCUGGUUUUAAAAUACCCUAUCUGCCUACAGUGUGGCCUAUGUGUAGGACUUAAUUGCCAGCAUAAAUUACAGGGCACUUUGGGGUCUUACCUUCUUAUCUAUCCACAGCUCCACCUUGUAAGCACUCCCGAAAACCACGGAGAGAUUAAGGUGAGUCUUGGCUUUAGGUUGCGAACUAGGAAAAGAUCCCAAGUCCCAAAGUACCACAGAAGAGACAGAUCCAUCACACCAAGGAGUUCUAUAUCACCAUCACUAAGGAAAGCUAAAGUCUAUACUCGAGCUUCCAAGAGUCCUACUUCUACAAUGGAUUUCCAGUCUGUAUCUUCCCAGUCUCCUGCUCCUGUACAAGUCCACAUCAGGCAAAGACAGUAUAGGAGCCCUGCCCUAGCAGGAAAGACUCAAUUAGGAGGGCCAGGGCACUAUGAGUUUACUCAAGUUCACUCUCUACCAGAGAGUGACUCUGAAAGCAAUCAGGAUGAAAAAUGGGCUAAAAGGAGAACCAAAAAGACCCGUAGUUCAAAAUACCCAAAGAAAAGAAUCACUACGGGAGGCAGAACACAAAACACAAAGUUCUACACAAAUGGUAGAACCACAAUACGGAGUUCUUCUCGGGAUUUACCAGACCAGUUAAGAAGGAAGAGGAAUGGAGCAUCUCAGACAACUACUGCCUCUUCACAAAGACAAUCUAAGAAAUCCUCCCAACCCAAAUUCAUUCAACGGCUUUUUCAAGGUCUAAAGCAAGCAUUCCAGACAGCAGGCAGAAUUAUGGCUUUUGCCGGAAGAGAAGAGAAACUCACACCCAAGAAGCGAAACCACCAUAGCUUUGUAAGGGAGAGAACCCCGUGUAAUUCCUCGGAAAGGAGCCAUCGCAGUCCCUCCGAGAGGCGCCAUCGAAGUCGUCCUCGGAGGAGACAUCACAGUUCCUCUGAAAGGAGCCAUCAGAGUCCCUGUGAGAGGAGAUGUCGCAGUCUCUUUCAGAAAACUCAUCACAGUCCGUUGGAGGUGAGAGGACACAGCCCUAUUGAGGGAAGACAGCACAGGCCCUCUGAGAGGAGUGGUCGCAGUUCCUCAGCUCACUGUAGUCCCUCUGAAAGAAGUGGACGCAGUCUGUGUGAGGGGAACAGACACAGUCAUUCUGAGCAGAGCCAACAGAGCCACUUUGAAAGGCGCCAGUACAGUUGGUGUGGGAAAACCCAUCUCAGUCCCUCUGCGAGAACCCAUCACAGUCCCGCUAAGGAGAGACUCAAACACAGCUGCCCCAGGGAGAGGCUCAGAUAUGGUCUGUCUGAAGAUUGCAAGGGCUCCUCAAACACGUCUCCUAGGGACCACACACACAAUACUCCCAAACAGGCCAAGUUUAGAGGCUUGAAGCUAACAGAUGAGAAGAGAUUCGUCCCCAUUAUUCACUGACUGGCUCAAGCCUUCACCGACCUGCCCCUUGUCUGGCUGCUUUCCUGCUCAGCCACUGCCUCGGAUACCUGCACCCUCAGCAAUCAAAGAGCCUCUAAGCCCCUCUACCAGGGGGGAGGGAAGGGCGGGAAUGGGUCUGUAAUUUCUCAAGAUAAAUAAAGGGGCGAUAAUUUAUCUCCACCUAGAAAGACCACUCGUCGUGCUGGAGUGGGGAACGGAGGGUGAAGGGACAUUGGGUGUCGCGCAAACGGAUGGAACGCGAGGAAGGGGCCCUGAAGCCACGUUUGGGGCUCCAAACCCCACCUACAGCUUCCCAGGGCGGGGUCUCAGAGGAGGGAGUCCUGUCAUGUGACUCCCUCCAGCCUUAGCCCCCUCCGAAGCUGCCAGGCAGAAGUAGAAGUUCAGACCCGGGAUCGGAGGCUCUGACUCCACAUCCCCCUCAAACUCCUCUAAUACCAUAUUUCUCUGAAUCAAAGAUGCAUCAUUUACUUAUUUUUUGUUAUUUUUUGUUUUAGAUAGCAUGAGCGGGGAGGGGCAGAGGGAGAAGAAGAGCGAAUCUAAGGCAGAUUCCGCACCCAGUGCAGAGCCCAAUGCAGACCUUGAUCUCACAACCCAGAGAUCAUGUGCUGAGCCGAAAAUUAAGAGUCAGCUGCUUUACCCACCAAGUCACCCAGGUACCCCAGAUACAUCAUUUAAAACUUCACAUGCAGGGGCGCCUGAAUGGCUCAGCGGGUUAACCCUCUGCCUUCAGCUUGGGUCAUGAUCUCAGGGUCC